UGAAAUCCGGAAAGGCGACGUCCGAAGGUUCAUAUUCAUAACCCAAGCAAACGAUUAUCGGAACGCAUCAAAUUGCAGAAACUACGCCUAAUCGGAUCAAAUCCUCUUUCGAUUGGAUACGUUAAUUGCACACCAGCAAAAACUCUAGAUAAACAGAUAUACGCAGAGAUCGUUUAGAGAGAGGAAAGGAAGUGAUGGAUUUCGAGCUGAGAAGAGCGAGAGAGAAGCUGGAGGGGGAACAGAAGGAGAGGAAGGAGAGGGCCAGAUUGAAGCAGCAAAGGGAGAGGAAAGCCAGAGAAGAGGCCGCUAAGCAACGCGACGCCAUUGAAGCCGCCCAGCGAUCUCGCAGGCUCGAUGCCGCCGAAGCGCAACUCAAGGCUGAUCAGCAAAUGGAGGAAAGUUUACUUGCUGGAAGAGGAGUGAUGUUUUAUCGUGUCUUGGAAGCCGUGCCUUACCAGGGGAUUGGAGAUAAAAUUAAAUUGCCUCCAUCAUGCUUCACUGAGUUGUCUGAACAAGGUGCUUUUGACAAAGGACCCCUGCAUUUCCGGUUGUCAGUUAUUGAUCAAGCGGCUGCUUCAGAUGGUAAGGAUGAUGGAAAAAAUCAUAGAACAACACAUGCUGGUGUCCUUGAAUUCACUGCCGAGGAAGGUUCUGUUGGACUUCCUUCUCAUGUGUGGAAUAACUUAUUCCAUUCUGAUGCUCUGACAACUUCAUUGAUUGAAGUUCAUUAUGUUUGGCUUCCGAAAGGAACUUAUGCAAAACUUAAACCAGAUGAACUGGGCUUUUCAGAUAUACCCAAUCACAAGGCUGUACUUGAAACAAGCCUUCGCCAGCAUGCAACUCUUUCACAGCAUGAUGUGCUUAAAGUCAACUAUGGUACACUGACAUACCAUUUACGUGUUCUCGAGUUAAAGCCAUCUUCAAGUGUAUCAGUCUUAGAAACAGAUAUAGAAGUGGAUAUUGUGGGUCCUGAUUCUGCUUCAGAGGGAAAUAAUCAACAUGUCCUGAAACCACUUGUAUUUGGAAUCUCAGAAUCUGGAACCGUUGAGGAAGGGAACUAUGUGUAUUACAAGUUCUCAAUAGAUGAAGAAACAUGGAGGAUGAUUUCCUCUGGGGAUGCCAACAUUGAAGUAAAGAUAGAAUCAGGCACAGAUGGUGGGGAUACUGAUCUUUACAUCGCUCGACAUCCUCUCUUGUUCCCAUCCCAACACCAGCAUGGAUGGUCUUCCCAUGAUGUGGGUUCAAAGUCUUUGAUCCUUGGUUCCAAGGACCAGAACUUGGGAACAGGUACUUACAGCAUUGGUAUAUAUGGUUUCAAGGGGACAACAAAGUACUGGAUAACAGUAUCUAUUCAAGAUAACCAUGACCGUAAGGUGGGUCAACAUGCUGUUUCUUCUUCAUCAGCUAUGGAAAUGGAUACUGUUGAGUGCAGGAAUUGCAGGCGUUAUAUCCCUGCUCGGACUAUAGCCCUGCAUGAGGCAUAUUGUAGCAGACAUAAUGUUGCGUGUCAGCAUGCUGGUUGUGGGGUUGUUCUCAGGGUUGAAGAGGCCAAAAAUCAUAUUCACUGUGACAGAUGUGGGCAAGCUUUCCAGCAAGGAGAGAUUGAGAAGCACAUGAAGGUUUUUCAUGAGCCACUUCACUGCCCCUGUGGAGCUGUACUUGAGAAGGAAAAAAUGGUGCAACACCAGAACUCAGAUUGUCCGUUGCGCCUAAUCACAUGCAGGUUUUGUGGAGAUACGGUUCCAGCUGGAACUACUGCUGCAGAUGUACGAGAUCGAUUGAGAGGGCUGUCAGAGCACGAGAGUCUCUGUGGGUCCAGAACUGCCCCAUGCGAUUCGUGCGGCCGAUCAGUUAUGCUCAAGGACAUGGACAUUCACCAAAUUGCUGUUCAUCAGAAGAACUAACCCAGAAUUUGCUUCUCUUUCCCUUCAUUGUGAAUGAGUAUGCCACUUCUCUACAAAGAUUCUUCGCUGCGAUCUACUGCUGGAGAUGCCAUCAGUACUGCUUCUGUUGCAUGUAGGGCUAUCCCAUUGUACCUGUAGGUUGUAUCAUUUCAUUGAUGUAGUGCAUAUUGUCCUGGAACUUGUAUCCAAUGAAUUCACCUUCUUGUUGCAAUCAAGUAAAUAACUCCUUGAAGAAAUACUCUUAUUUAUGUAUGAGGUUGUUUUCUCA